GACGCACACGCAACCUUUCUAUCUACUCAGCAAUACACGAGAGAGAGAGAGAGAGAGAGAGAGAGAGAGAGAGAGAGAGAAUCACAGCUAUACAGCGAGCGAGAAGGUUUCUAGUGAGAGAGGAAAGCAAAGCAACCAUGGCGGCAACCGUGUCUACUAGUGUCUGGUCGAAGCCCGGCGCGUGGGCCCUAGAUUCCGAAGAAAGCGAGGCCGAACUCCUUCACCAGCAAAGCGAACAGAAGACUUCCUCCUACGCAGCCAAGACCAACGGCGAGUCGGCGUCGGAUUUCCCGUCGCUGGCGGCGGCGGCCUCCACCAAGACCAAAAAGAAGAAGCCCCAAUCCAUGACCCUGUCUGAGUUCACCAAACCGGCGACCUACCAGAAGCCCGCCCAAACCCUGACCCACGUGGAUCUCGCGAUGCUCCCGACCGGGCCGCGCGAGCGAACCGCAGAGGAGCUGGACCGGUCCAGGCUCGGCGGCGGGUUCAGAUCGUACGGUAUGGGCAGAGACAACGAAUCUUCUAGUUCCAAGUGGGGCGGCGGCGGCUCUUCUUCUAGGGCUUCUGACGAGAUGCCACGUCGGCAGGAUAGGGAAUUAGCCCCGUCGCGCGCCGAUGAGGUGGACGAUUGGGGCGCGACGAAGAAGUCGGUCUCUGGUAACGGUUUCGAUAGGAGAGAGAGAGGCGAGAGAGGCGAGAGAGGAGAGAGGGGAGGGUUUUUUGGGUCGGAGUCUAGGGCGGAUGAGUCUGACAACUGGGGUGCGAAGAAGAGCUUUGUGCCGUCGGAGGGACGGAGGGAGAGGAGAGUGGUGGGGUUCGAGUCUAGCGGGGGAGCAGAUUCGGGUAAUUGGUUGAAGAAGAAGGAAGAGGAGGGGGGGAGGAAGGUUGGGGGCGGUGCUUUUGAUAGUUUAAGAGAGAGGAGAGGGGGUUUGGAUUCGAAUGGGGGGGAUUCGGAGAAUUGGGGAAAGAAGAGAGGUGAAGAGGGGAUUGGGAGUGGUGGGGUGAGGCCUAGGCUUAAUUUGCAGCCGCGGACCCUGCCCGUGAGGGUCGAUGUGAGUCAGCAGAAUGGUGGUGGUGGUGCAACACCGCCGAAGCCAAAGGGGGUGUCGAAUCCGUUUGGCGAGGCGAGGCCGAGGGAGGAGGUGUUGAAGGAGAAGGGGAAGGAUUGGAAGGAGAUUGAUGAGAAGCUUGGGAAGAGGAGUUUGAGUUUUGGGAGCGGGAGUGGAAGGGCGACCACGCCCGAUGAGAGGAGCUGGAGGAAGGCGGAGUCUGCUGAUGUUCGUCCUUCGAGUGCUGAUAAAGUUGAAGGUGACCUUGAUUAUGUUGAAGGUGACCUUGAUCGUGUGGAAGGUGACCUUGAUCGUGUGGAAGGUGACCUUGAUCGUGUGGAAGGUGACCUUGCUGAAGAAACACAAGAGUGAUGGCGUGAUCCUUAAAAAUGAAAAAAGAGAGAUGGGGGAAACAGAGAGAACUGUAUCGGCUUGUUGGGAAGUUCUAAGUACUGGUUUUGGUGUUUUAUUAGUUUUUUAGUUUCUUCAGUUAUUUUUUUGGUUACUACGCCACAUGGUAUGGAGUCAGUUUUGGUAGAUUUAUAAGAAAUUGGGUUUUUUAAGGGCCUUAUUGGCUUGUUUGUAAGCACGGUGUGGUGAUAAUUUUGGCAAACUUCUGCGCACUUGAAUUAUUAAGGCCCGAAGGACUUGAUUG